CGUGUUUAAGUCUGUUUUAGGUGUUGUCACUUGUCAGUUGUCAGCACUCAGCAGCUUGUAACUUGUUAGCAAUUAUCUCUUAAGUUAUAUUUAACAGAAUGGUCCUGGAAUUAUUUGAAAAUAAAAAACUUGUGAAAAUCUGUGCUCCAAUGGUUCGCUAUUCGAAGUUACCGUUUCGUCUUCUAGUCCGAAAAUAUGGUUGUGACUUGGCGUUUACUCCCAUGAUCAUUUCAGAUUCAUUUAUUCAAGCUCCAAAAGCCAGAGAUAUUGAAUUUACUACCUGUGAUGCUGAUCAACCACUGAUUGUUCAGUUUGCUGCCCAUAAUUCCACAGAUUUUGCAACUGCUGCUGAACUAGUGGCAAGCACUUGUAAUGGAGUUGAUUUAAACUGUGGGUGCCCUCAAAAAUGGGCAAUGCAACAGGGCUAUGGUGCUUGUUUGAUAAACAAACCGGAACUACUUCGUGAUGUGGUGCUGCAGACAAGAAAUAGGAUUCCUUCAAAUGAUUUUACAGUUUCUAUAAAAAUUCGGAUUCAUCCUGAAAUAAGAAAAACAGUGGAGUUGUGUCAACAAGUGGAGGCAGCAGGUCUAUCCUUUCUAACAGUUCAUGGUAGAACCAAAGAUCAGAGAUCUGAUCCAGUUAAUUUAGAGGGUGUAAAAUUGAUCAAAGAAAGUGUUAGGGUCCCAGUGAUAGCUAAUGGAGAUAUUUGUAGCCUUCAAGAUGCUGAGCACGUUCGACAAAUAACUAACGUCAACGGAGUCAUGUCAGCUAGAGGAAUCUUAGAAAAUCCAGCAAUGUUUGCUGGAUUCUCCGAAACUCCCAUCGAGUGCAUCAAAGACUGGAUGAAGCUUUCUUUAGAAACUGGUAUCUCCUUCACUCACUUUCAUCAUCAUCUCAUCUACAUGUGCGAGAAAAAUAUGUCACGAGUCGACAGGAGAUAUUUCAAUGCGCUGUCCAGUACCACUGCCGUGAUCGACUAUAUGGAAAAUUACUUGUCUUUAUGUGAAUAAAUAAUGAUUUCGGUUGAA